AUGUAAUUAAAAAAUAGAUCUAAUUUAAAUAUUUAUAUAUUCUUGAUCUUAAAAAUUUUUAAAAAAGGGAAGAAGAAUUAAAAGUAUCAAAUUGUGGAAUCAAGAAAGAUUUAUUUCAGAAUGCAGAUUUAAAUUCUAACUAAAAAACCAAUCAUUUAUGAUUUUAUAGAAUAAGAUCCAAUGUUAGAUCUAAAUAUCAAUUCUAUUUUAUUUAGUCCUAACUAAUUAACAUUAAUUGAUGGAUGCUCUGAUGUAAAAAUACAAGUAUUUGAAUUGAUAUCUGAAAAAUUAAACUAUUAGAAGUAUUGCAUGAACAUAAAAAACUAAGAAGAUUAUUUUUGA